AUGCCCGAGAUCCACGGGUGCGGCGACGCAGCCUCCGCUCACGCCAGAAAGGCUUUCAGGGAGUCGACCACGAGAGACCGGAAGCGCGACGACGACGCGAAGUGGACGGGAGGUGUGCGCAUAGAAGGAGGGAAUUCUGUUUUCCUCGGAAAGUCCUACGCGGGCAGUGCCUGGGGGAAGGCUCAAGCUCAGCAAAGACUGCGAGGAAAAAUUGAGCAGGAAAAAAAGAAAAGAACGACCCAGAAAAAGGACGACAAAGGGCCGAAACCGUGA